AUGCAGCAGCGCACGCGAAAAGAGCGUCGCUUCGACGAGACCGAGAAGGACUUGCCCGACUUCUCGCGACAAAACUCGACUCUCGCAUCUGCCCUGACCGUCAGGGACAAGCUCUGGGGUGUGCUCGCCUACUUGGGCAAGAAGAACCCGCUGCCCCGAUCCAUAUCUGCACAGGACACCCUCUGGCUCUUGGAUAACACGGCCUACCGCAAUGAGAAGACGGGCCGCUGGGAGGCCGAGUACGUCGCCGCCAUGUUCUCACAGGACACUUCUUGUCCCCUGAUCGAUGCUGUGCACGCUAUUGCCGACAAGAUUCAGCUGGAACAACAAGACCCAGGAUAUGAGACUCUCGAGAAGAGGAUCGCGCCUUUUGUACAGGACAUUAAGCCAGGGACACAGGCUGAGGUUCUUUACAAGGGGGACUUGCACAUGAAGUUGGGGCCUAGUGGACACAACGGCAUCAGUAGUGAUAUCAAGGAGUUGCCUAGCGCUCAUGAUGGCCAGAUCGUCCCGACAUUUGCCCGUGUCCCUAAGGGUGCGAAGGGGGUUCUCGAGAUGAGGACCUUCUACGCGGAGCCUGAGGGCUGGGGUGUGAUUUCUGAUAUCGACGACACGAUCAAAAUCACACAAACGAGCGACCCCAUCGGCAUUCUGCGAACAACGUUUCUCGACGAACCGAAGCCCGCGCCCGGCAUGCCAGAGCUAUACAAGCACAUCCAUUCCCUCAUCAAGGAGACCUCGGCGUGGUUCUACCUGUCGGCAUCGCCGUACAAUCUCUAUCCGUUUCUCCGCGGAUUCCGCGAGAGCUAUUUCCCUCACGGCACCAUCAUCUUGCGGGACUCGAGCUGGAUGAGCAUCAAGGGGCUCCUGACGACCCUGACGCUCGGUACCGAGGAUUACAAGGUCGAUCGCAUGGAAAAGAUUCACUCCUGGUUGCCGAAGAGGAAAAUGAUCUGCAUAGGCGACUCGACGCAGACAGACCCCGAAUCUUAUGGUGAGAUAUACCGCAAAUACCCGCAAUGGGUCAAGGUCAUCCUCAUCCGCAAAGUCGAGGAUAUAGCGGCAGUGGGCAUCGAAUCCAAGAACGAGCCCGAGCGGUUCGAGAAGGCCUUCGAAGGCGUGCCGAGGGACGCCUGGCACGUGUUCUCAGACCCGCAGACGUAUGUGCCUUAUGAACUAAUCUACUGGCCUGGAAUCCCCGGCCGCGGCGAGUUCAUCCGCCUGGCUCUUGAGGAGGGCGGUGCGGACUACACUGACACGGCGCACAUGGAGAAAACGGGCAUGGAGACUAUGCUUCGCCAGAUCGACAGCGAGAAUGUGGGCGAUGACAAUAAUCCGCCGCCUCUUGCGCCCCCUAUCCUUCGACACGGCGAUCUCCUCAUCAGCCAGACGCCUAACAUCCUCUUGUAUCUCGGUCCCCGGCUCGGUCUGGUACCGCCCGCCGAGGGCGAGGAUGCCGAUCCAGACGGUCUGUACCGCAUCAACGGCCUCGCUUUAACGGCCCUCGAUGGCUUGAGCAACGAAGUGCAUGACUGUCAUCAUCCCAUUGCCUCGAGCCUGUACUAUGAGGACCAGAAGGAGGAAGCGCUGCGAAGGAGCGGGGACUUCGUGCGAAACCGUCUACCGAAGUUCCUGGGGUAUUUCGAGCGGGUGCUCAAGGGAAAAGCGAGCGGGGAUGGCCCGUGGCUAUAUGGUGGACGGCUGACUUAUGCGGAUCUGGUUUUAUUCCAGGUCAUCGACGGCACCCAAUUCGCGUUUCGAAAAGCCAUGUUGGCGGCGAAGACGUCGGGGAAAUACACGCAUGUAUUCCAGCUGUACGAUGCAGUCAAGACGAGGCCGAGGAUUAAGGAAUAUCUCGCUAGUGGUCGGAGACAGGCUUACUCGGAGGGCAUCUAUAGGUAUUAUGAAGAGCUCGAUCUUACCGAGACGGAUACGCCCCAGCCUAAGGGAAUUAACCAGCCAUGA